CAAAACUGCCCUCGACGGAUCUCCAUACCAUCCGUGCUAGUUGGUGACCCGAAUGACCUCUUCCCACGCAGAAGCUAGAGUGUCCACAAGAUUUUCGUCAAGGAAGGCAAAGGGGGAUAAUCCUCACGAAGGUGCUAAAAGCCCGUUUUGUCAAAGCUGCGGCGGAACCGCGCAACAGAAUAGGGAAUCCUGCCAUGAAGAGCUCUUGAGUUGUACUACUUGUAAUAUCAGUGAACAUCCAAGCUGCUUAAACCUGACGGAAAAGGCGCGAGAGGCGGUACGCAGAUACGACUGGGAAUGCCAGGACUGCAAACACUGCAUGGUCUGCGGUGAUUUCCAACAGGAGGAUCAACUGAUACUUUGCGAUGACUGCGAUCGCGGCUGUCACACAUUUUGUGCGUCACCAAAAUUGACAGAGAUACCCGAAGGCACCUGGCGUUGUCCUAUUUGUAAGGGAAGGCGGACACCUGGUCGAAAACCUCGAGGGGACACAGCGGUUGCUCCUGAUCCAGAAUGUCCAGGCAGUGGUAGUACGUCACGAGACCAAUAUAUGUUGAACGCUACUGGCAUGAAUUCUGCAAACAAGCGAAGAAGGAGUUCCACAGUUCAUACUGCUGAAGCGGAUAAGGCUAUCUGGCAGAAGACGAAAAGGCCGGAGCAAUAUGUAGGAAUGGUUGGUGAACUAUCGAGGAAAAGACUGAGAACCGCAAAUUCCCAUAAGGAAGUUAGCGCCGCUCCCUUGCAAUCACUAUCGACUUCGCGACCCCGAGUAAAGCUUCUCCUUGGAGGCAAAAAUAGAAGGAAAAAAGUAAAUGUCGAUCGUGUGGAGGCAGACCGAAUCAAGCAUCUCCCCUUCGGUGGGCGUUUGUCAGACGCGGAUGCGGAUACAUCACAAUGUCGGCCAGAUGCUGCAGACCGACUCAAUUUUCGAAGAGCGCGCGCAGAAGCUGAGGAAACUGCAACUCUUCCGACCGUCAACGCUAUGAAAGAAGGGGGCAUAGAGAAUGGUGAUGAUGAAUUCUUUUAUGCGCCAGUUAUACCAAAGAUCAACACAAUCCAACUCGGGGUGUGGGAAAUUGAUACUUGGUACGCGGCGCCAUACCCGGAGGAGUACAACGGACAGCCGCUCAUAUAUAUAUGCGAGUAUUGUUUCAAGUAUAUGAAAAGUCAGUAUGUGGCGGGGCGUCAUAAGGCGAAGUGCCCACUUCGGCAUCCUCCGGGCGAUGAGAUAUAUCGACAUGGCAAUAUAUCUGUGUUCGAGGUGGAUGGACGUAAGAACAAGAUAUAUUGCCAAAAUCUUUGCCUACUUGCAAAGAUGUUCCUAGACCACAAAACAUUGUAUUACGAUGUGGAGCCAUUCCUCUUCUAUAUUAUGACGGAGAACGACGAGAAAGGUUGUCAUUUUGUAGGGUAUUUCUCUAAGGAAAAACGUUCUUCUGCGAACUACAACCUUUCUUGCAUUGUGACGCUGCCCAUUUUCCAACGGAAGGGAUAUGGGAGUCUGUUGAUCGAAUUUAGUUAUCUCCUUUCCAGGAAAGAGGGCCGAACUGGGUCUCCAGAGAAACCAUUGUCAGAUCUUGGCUUGUUGAGCUACCGUCGUUAUUGGAGAAGGACUGUACUGAGAGCUUUAGCUGAAUGUUCAGGAAAUGUUCUUUCCAUUGAGAGAUUGAGCCAAGUCACAUGCAUGACCCCUGACGACAUCAUUCAUACGCUUCACCUCCUGAACAUGCUUGUUAAAAAUGCUUCGGGGAACUAUGUAGUACGAUAUCCUACUCAAGUUGUUGCAGAAUACAUUGCACACUUGGACAGCAAGGGCUUCCCUACCAUUCAACAAGAUAAACUGCGAUGGACGCCGCUGCUUUUUAAGAAUCCUGCGAUUCUAGACGUCACAUUGACCGCACCGGAAUCGGACGGCGACACUACUACUUUGUAAAAUUUGUUACAAUUGCUGGUAGCUGAAUUGAGGUGUGAUAUGUAGGGAAACAAUGCUUGAUCAAAUACAUUCCAUAGACAUGAAUGACCGA